AAGUAUUAACGUAUACAAAGUAUUACACACUAUUUUGGUACAUCGCAGCCACAUUAGCUGCGGUACGACUGGUUUGACUCUCGCUAAUCACUACCGCCGGGGCGAACGAAGCGGGAGAGAAUCAAAAACCCACUCUCUGUUCUUCAUUCUUCAUAAACCCUAAAUUUCCUCACAGUCAAAGGGUUCCGGUUGAUGUAUAAAGAUGGAGAUAGUAAAUGGUGAAGGUGCUAAUGGUUCCCCACCCAUACCACUGCCACCACCGCAGCCAGAGGUUAUACAACCCGAUGUGAAGAUAGAGCAAGCAGACCAUCCUAAGCGUUGUAUGAUCAGUAGGACUGGAUUUGGAAGUUCUGGAAAACACAUUUCACUGCUUGCUAAUCACUUCAAAGUUUCUGUCAAGAAUCCAGAAGAGAUAUUCUACCAGUACAGUGUAUCCAUCAGUUCUGAAGAUAACAGAGCAAUUGAGAGCAAAGGUUUAGGGAGAAAAAUUCUUGAUAAACUUUACCAAACAUACUCAUCUGAACUUUCUGGUAAGAGAUUUGCAUAUGAUGGAGAAAAGAGCCUGUAUACUGUUGGGCCUCUCCCACGAAACAAGUAUGAGUUCAUGGUUGUAUUAGAAUAUUCAUUUGGAAAAAGUGGAAGCCCUUCUCAUGAUGGGAUUCUCAGUGAAUCUGGUAAAAGGUCAAGACGCUCUUUCCAGGAGAAAACUUACAAAGUAGAAAUCAGCUAUGCUGCUAAAAUACCAUUAAAAUCGGUUUGUCUUGCUCUUCAAGGAUCAGAGACAGAAAAACUCCAAGAUGCUCUAAGGGUUCUUGACAUCAUCUUGAGACAACAAGCAGCUCAAAGGGGAUGCCUUCUGGUCAGACAAUCUUUCUUUCUUGAUGACUCAAGGAACUUCACUGAUGUUGGAGGGGGUGUCACUGGAUGCCGUGGAUUUCAUUCUAGUUUUCGUCCAACACAUGGCGGCUUGUCACUGAAUAUGGAUGUUUCAACUACAAUGAUUCUUACUCCUGGACCGGUGAUUGAUUUUCUGAAGUCCAAUCAAAAUGCACGUGAUGCUCGGUCUAUUGACUGGGUAAAGGCGAAGAAAAUGCUUAAAAACAUGAGAAUAAAAACAAGGCACAGCAACAGGGAAUUCAAGAUCACCGGGAUGAGCGAAAAGCCUUGUAAUCAACAACUGUUUUCUUUGAGAGUGAAAAAAGACGAUGGUACAUAUGAAGACCAGACAAUAAACAUUACAGUGCUUGAUUAUUUUACCAAACACCGUAACAUUGAACUUACUUACUCUGCGUACAUACCGUGCAUUGAUGUUGGUAAACCAAAGAAGCCAAGCUAUUUGCCUGUGGAGCUCUGUUCUCUUGUUUCACUUCAACGGUAUACAAAGGCAUUAUCUACACUGCAGAGAGCAUCAUUAGUUGAAAAAUCAAGACAAAAGCCUCAAGAGAAAAUGCGAGUUAUAAAUGAUGCUAUGAAAAAUUAUCAUUAUGAUGAUGACCCUCUACUAGCUUCAUGUGGAAUUUGUAUCGAGAAACAAUUUGCUCAAGUUGAUGGUCGUGUCCUCGAGGCACCAAAGUUGAAGGUUGGUAAUGGAGAAGAGUUUUUCCCUCGUAAUGGGCGAUGGAACUUCAAUAACAAGAAGGUUUUUACUCCCACCAAAAUAGAAAAAUGGGCAGUUGUCAACUUUUCUGCCAGGUGUGAUGCAAGUCAUCUUUCACGCGAGCUGAUAAAUUGUGGAAGGAAUAAAGGAAUUCUUAUUGAUCGCCCAUUUUCACUAAUGGAGGAAGACCAACAUAAUCGAAGAUGUGGCCCUGUAGUACGUGUAGAAAAGAUGUUUGACCAUAUUUUAGCAAAGCUCCCGGGUGCUCCUGAGUUUCUCCUUUGCAUAUUGCCAGAGAGGAAAAAUUCUGACAUAUAUGGUCCUUGGAAGAAAAAAUGUUUAAGCGACUAUGGAGUUCCCACACAAUGCAUGUGUCCUGUUAAGAUCACUGACCAAUAUCUCACAAAUGUGCUUUUGAAAAUUAAUUCAAAGCUUGGUGGGAUCAAUUCUCUGUUAGCAUUAGAGCAGCCAUCUCGCAUACCCCUCAUACAUGAUACUCCAACAAUGAUAAUUGGAAUGGAUGUUUCUCAUGGGUCACCUGGUCGGUCGGAUAUCCCCUCAAUUGCUGCGGUUGUUGGAUCCCACUCAUGGCCAUUGAUAUCAAGAUAUAAAGCGUCUGUUAGGACUCAAUCAUCAAAGGUGGAAAUGAUUGAAGGUUUGUUCAAACCACAAGCAGAUGGGACAGAUGAUGGCAUAAUGAGUGAACUACUUGUGGAAUUUUAUCAAACAAGCAAUCACCGCAAACCAACUCAAAUUAUAGUAUUCAGAGAUGGAGUGAGCGAAUCCCAGUUCAAUCAGGUGCUGAACAUUGAGUUGGAUCAGAUGAUCAAGGCUUACCAGCAUCUUGGUGAGGUUGACGUUCCAAAGUUCACAGUGAUUGUGGCUCAAAAGAAUCACCACACAAAGCUCUUCCAAGCAUCAGGCCCUGAAAAUGUCCCUGCCGGUACCGUAGUAGACAGUAAUGUGGUGCACCCAAGAAACUAUGACUUCUACAUGUGUGCCCAAUCAGGAAUGAUUGGAACUUCUCGUCCUGCCCACUACCAUGUCUUGCUUGAUGAGAUCGGUUUCUCUCCCGAUAACCUGCAGAAUCUGAUCCUUACGCUAUCAUACGUGUAUCAAAGAAGUAGCGCUGCAACUUCAAUCGUGGCGCCGAUUUCUUACGCCCAUCUCGCAGCCCAACAAAUGGGCCAGUUUUUGAAGUUCGAAGAUUUACCCGAAAACACAUACGGAAAGGACAGCCUGACUUCCGUAGGACCUGUACCUGUUCCCGAGCUGCCAAAGUUGCACGAAGAUGUCCAGGGCUCCAUGUUCUUUUGUUGAAAGGUGUGAACUAUUAUUCGAUUACUAUAACAAAAAUACCCGCUAGUUUCUAGUACUCUUAUUGGUAGUUCAGUAGAUGUAAAUCCCGUAAAACGUAAAUGGUCCCGCUAGAUGUCAUACGAACGAAUGCUUGUAAAGACAACUCGGUGACGAUCGG